ACACGCCAUAAAAGUAAAAAAAGUGGACAGACAGCAUCGAGUCAAUCGUAGCUUACCGGCCCCACCCUUCCCAUAUCUCCUUCAACCUUUCACCUUCCUCGCGAUCUCCGAACAAUCAAUCCCUCUCUCUCUCUCUCUAAAUUUGCGGUAACGGUCACUGAAUUGCGAUCCAAUUCGUGCUAGCUAAACCCACACAUCGUCAACUCACUCACCUGUCGUCUUCUUUUAUUUCACGCCGCCGUCGCCUUCCGCCUUUAGCGCCACCGUGGGCGGUGUUUGUGGAUAGUUGAAGGAGAAAGGGAGAUGGAAACUUCGAAGUCCCUCAGUGGAAAUUACAACUUCUCCUUUGCUUCUUCCCAGAGAGAUGUCACUUACAGCUGCGGUUCUUGUGGUUACGAGCUAAACCUGAGCUCCUCCGGUCGGAAUACCUCUGUCAUUGGUUCCAAAUAUGGUAAAUCCAUGAAGAAAGGGAUAAUAUCAUUCUUCUACAUCGAUGAGAGCAGAUUUACUCAGGUUGAAGACGUCAGAUGCGUGCCCUUCUUCAUCUCCAAGCACUCCUGGGGUUUUUUCCGCCAGAAAACCAAACUUUUGUGCCGGAAGUGUGGCAACCAUAUUGGAUCUGCUUGUGAUGAUAUUGCUUCGUCUUACCCACUUGUAUCUGAUGGAUCAGAUUCAGCAUCAGGCAGUGAGAUUCCCACCUGUAGAAAGUACAAUGUUAGAAUUUGUGCCUUGCAGCCUUCCUCUUCUGAAGAAUCUGGUAUUUCGCUCGUUGUCUGAUGCACAUGUCACAAGAUUCUUUUCUGUAUAUGUGUCUGGAGAAGAAUGCUUUGCCUGAACCCACAGUUUGUGAUCAUAAGAACCAAACUAAAUAUUUGUUUGAAGCUAUUUAUAUAUAAAUGUUUCAAGCCUUCUGACCUGUUCAUAAAAUAAGAACAGGAAAGAAAGUAUUUACAUAGGGUACUAUGUGUGUAGAUGUUCCAAAUCCUUUUUUUCUGCUGUGUGUGUGUCAGGGGAAGUUGUACAUAAAACACUUUUCAGAACUGAGUUCUGAACGUUUGGUGAAUUUUGAAAGGAGUAUAAUUAUCAUUGUUCAUAGAAUGUGAAUAAAGGAGUUGCAGGGUGUUGUUUUAAA